AUGGGCGGUGUAAACUUCCCUGACCCGGCAGUGAUCAAGACCGGCGACGGAUGGCACCUGUUCUCAACUAACGCUGUUAUUGACGGCAAGUGGGUUCACAUCCAAAGAGCCUUCACACCAGACUGGAAGAAUUUUCAAUUCAAGAAAGGGGUUGACGCAUUGCCAGUACUGCCCAAGUGGGCCGACCCCUUACCACGUGUCUGGGCUCCAGACGUGGUGAGGCUCGAUGAUGGCUCCUUUAUCAUGUACUACACCGUCGCCUACAGAGCACGCCCGAACCCUCACUGUCUCUCCUACGCCACGUCCAAGAACAUCAACGACCCCUUUGUCGACAACAGCGACAAACCUUGGAUCUGUCCCCUUGAGGCCGGUGGCGCCAUCGACAUUGCCGGCUUCACGGACGAAAAGAACGGCCACAAACGCUGGGUCGUUUACAAAAUCGACGGCAACGCCAUUGGGCACGGAGGCGCCUGCGGAAACACCAUCGCCCCUAUCGUCCCAACCCCAAUCCUCCUCCAGCAAGUCGCCCAGGAUGGGCACACCCUCAUCGGCAACCCCACCGAGAUCCUCACCAACAUCGCCUCGGACGGCCCCUACGUCGAAGCCCCAGCACUGACCUACCUGGGCGGCAAAUAUGUGCUCUUCUUCUCCUCCCAAUGCUACAUGGGCCCGAAAUACGACAUCCAAUACGCCGUUGCCGACAAAAUCACAGGGCCCUACAAACGCUCCGGCCGACUCCUGGGCACCGGCGACUUGGGACUGAGCGGUCCUGGUGGCUUGGAUGUGGCGAUCAACGGCGACCAUGCUGUCUUUCAUGCGCACACCAAGAAGAUCCGGCCGUCGUAUGCGGUGACGCUUUCGAUGAAGAAUGGCGUUGUGAGGGUUGCUGCUGCUUGA